AUGGUAGCGAAGAUAUUGUGCUUCAUGUUUAUGGUGGGCAUAGCUUGUGCUGCUACUUGGCAAGGAAAGGCCCCGAAGAAGCCAGCAGAACUAGCACACAAAGAAGGAUGUUAUGUAAAAGAGAUUAAUGACGUAAUUCCAUAUAGAACAGAAGUAACACCGAUCGGCUUUUGCUACAGGAUCGAGUGUUCCGGCGAUAUGCUGUAUUACGCUUCAUGCGGUGUCGCGUUCACAGACGAUCCACAUUGUCAUAUCACAGACACCGACCUCAGUCUGCCGUACCCCGACUGUUGUCCCAAGUUUAAAUGUGACCUAGAUAAUAAUCUGAUUUAG